GAGCGAGAGGGGUAAAGGAGAGAGGGUCAGGAGGGAGAUCGAAAUGGUAGGACGAGAGAGGGUAUGGCUUAUAAACGCAGGCAGACGGAGCCAAUCAGGGCGCAAUGCGAUUACCUUAACGAGAAAUCCGAUUACUUAUUCAUUCACCUAACUCGAAAUCAGUUUAACUAAUCGUUUAAUUCGGUUGCUAGCAUACCCCACAGGCGGCGAACGCGCGAGCAUGCACGCGUCCCUGUGUGUGUGUUGCUGCUGUUGCUACUGCUAGAAUAAACCUCAUCCCCUCACUAACGCCACCUAUAUCUAUACGGUACAUAUAUAUACGCAUACACGUAAAAGCGUGGACGUAGAGGGAGCUCGUACAGCGUUGGUAGAGGUAGAAGGGCGGUCGGUUGGAUGUGAGGGGUGGAAGGAGGAGAGGCCUCAUUCAAUUCAAUUACGUAAUGAAUUGUCGUGUCUUGAGUAAACACCCUUCCUCACCGCGACUCGCCGGCAGAAAAUCGGGGCUCUGGAUAGCACCGGCACCCCUUGCGAGGAUCGUCGAAAGCAGAGAAGGGGGUGGCGGGAAUCGAAGCAACGGCGCGGCGGCGGUUUAGACGAACCGAAUCAAUCUGCGCACCGGCUCGCAAAUGCUUCCAGAGUUCUCCUUGCAUCCACCUUGUCUCUACGAUUUGGAGAGAUGAGAGGGAGGGAGAGAGGGAGGGAGAGAGAGAGAGAGAGAGAGAGAGAGAGUUCAGAGGCAAUAUUUCUCUCUCUUUCUCCCUCUCUUUGCGAGUUGAGUUUCGAUGGAGGAACAUAAAAACGACGUUAGAUCGAUCAAGACGUCCUGAAUUAUCAAUAAACCGAUUUUCUCAUAAUUGAUUACGUACUUGUAAUAUAGAGCACAUUAUGCGAAUCUUCUUAUUCUCAAUCCUAAUAGUCGCAUCAUUAAUUAAGCUUUUUAUCAAUAUCAAUUAAAGAGAGAUAAGCUGAAAAGGCAAAAUGUUAAUUUCUAAUGUAAAUGAAUUAACUAAAGUGAUUUACCUUUUAUUCACAUUUCAACGAGGUGCGAUUCCGUUUGUAGGCGUGGUAUCGGUAAUCCCUGUGUUUCCCGAAAUCGACCCUGGUCAAAUUGAUGGUAAGGCCACUUUAGAGGUUUACAUAGGCAUUGGAAACGGUCGGCGAUCAAAGGACCGAAUCGAUAUCGGCAACGAUCCGUGUAAUUUCUCUCGUCUGAAAAGCGAGACUUUGAUUUAGGCCUAUUAAUUUAUAUUUAAUUAAAAUAGUAUAUUCUUAAAAAAAAAUUAUAAUAUUAUUUUGUUUAUUACCGAACGGUAGAUAUAUAUGUACAUAUUGUCCUUUUAAAGAAAUCGUUUAUGACGACAAUUAUCGAAUGUAACUAUCUGAAUAUAGUCAUUCAUCGAUUUUUAACAUUACUCUUUAUAUUAAAGAUUUUAAUAAAAUCUUUUUAAUGCAGAGUUAUGUAACAUAAAGUAACAUAAAAUAACAUAAGCUAUCAUGUAAGAGGUAAUUUUCUCUUUUUAUAAAAUAUUUAUACAUUAUGGCACUUUUUCGGACAAUAAUCAAUAUUUCAAGUUUACCUUUAUUUAAUAUUAACAAACAUGUCAGCAAUUUUCAAAAAAUACCAAUAUUUUGUAAUAUCUUUAAACAAAACAUUAGAACCUAUCAAAUUGGAAAAUCUAAAAGAGAAAUGUUAACAUUUAAUAAAGAGAAUAAAUAUAUAUCAGGAAGCUGUAGAAAAUUACCUCUUACUCGAAUAGAACCUUCUACCGGACAACCCUCUAAAUGCUUAGAAGACUACAGUAAACCAAAAAGAAGUUUAUUGAAAUUUCGUAAAUCUCCACCUGUAAUUAAAGAAAAACCUACUAAUUGCAAAAAGAUUGAACCCGUAAAAGUAAAACCACCUUCUUGGAAACGUUUUUUUGGAAUUGACUCAAAGAAACCCUGUCCAUCAUUAUGUAUCUGUCCAAUAACUUAUCAGAAACAAAUGGCAUUACGCAAGCAAGAUCCACGCUUGUUAAAUCCAUGUUAUCAAUCAACUCUUGGAGAUGUGUUAAUUUAUACAGAAAUAAUUAAAACUAAAAACCACGAAUGUCCUGAACCGCAGCCAAAACCACAUCGUUCAUAUAAAAUUCCUAGAGCUGUCUUAAGUAAAGCAAUUAUAGCAAAUAUUGGAAAAAAAUUACGUCCUUAUUCUGGCUUACAAUGUCAAAACCAUAAAUGCAAGAUUAAUCAAUUUCAAACAAAUUCAAUUCCUUUUAAAGAAAUGAGACCAAUAAUGAAAGAAAAAUGUGCAUUCACUUGCAAAGAUGGAAUUACGACUAAUAAUAUUAUGCAACCGUUUAAUACAAAAAUGAAUUCGUAUGGAAAAUCUUUCGUAAAAGUCAUAAGAAAUCCUAAACAUUCAUUAGAUGAAAAUUUACAAACCACAUGUGAUACCGAAAAAUUAACUAAAUCAACGAAUGAAACUGAAAGAUUAAGUAAAUUAACAUGUGAAACUGAAAAAUUAACUAAAUUAACAUGUGAAAUUGGAAAUUUAACUAAACCAACAUGUGAAACUAAAAAAUUAACUAAAUCAACAUGUGAAACUGAAAAAAUAUCAAAUGAAAAGAUAAAGGAUCAAAAGGAUGAUUUACAAUCGAAUGACAUAAAAAAUAGUGCAAAAAAUCAAGAAAUUAAAACAAAAGAAGUCUGAAUUUUCAAAUAAUUUUACUCGACCAAUAAAAAUGCACAGUUUAAAAUUAUACUGUAGAACAGAGGGCGCCACAUAACAGAUGACAGAGUAAAAACUAACCAAACCAUCUAAUACGUAAAAUCAUUUUUCGUGAUAAAAAGUUAAAUACAAUAAUUGUAAAAAGUUAUUUUGGCAACACAAUAAUAACAAUAAAUUCGAAGAUAUUCGGUAAUAAGUAUUUUUCUUAUGGCUGA